CCUGCAAAUUUCCCUGUCUUGUGCGGUUUGACACAAGGAGAUUUGACGUGCGGGCUUCCAGCUAGCUAUUAAAUACUACACUUCUAGGUCAUUCCUUGAAACCAAACCGUGUCAAAUGAAUAAUUGAGAAUACCUUCCCUCAUCAACUUUAUGUCACCUUGCUUCACUCUGCAGGCUUGGAAUUAUGCAUGUCCCUGUCGACUGAUAUGAUACCAACAGCGGCACUAAUAACCAACUACUAAGAAACUGGAAUACUUGGUGAAACAAUUUGUGCAUCUUUUCUCAUUCGAGUCAAGUUCAGAGGAAGUGUGUCCCCAAUUCCACGAGCAACUAGAGAUUUUUCGAGACUGGAAGAGGCACUGUGAGACCAAGGAUAUUGUCAAUUAGUGGCCUACUGACUGACUUCACUCCACUAACAAGUGCUUAACAAUUUGGCUUGAAGUUUCGAACUGGAAAUUCUCUGCUACACAUCACAUCUUCUCGAAAAUGAAGAACUACACUUUAAGUUCGCCAUUUGAGGAUAUUCCUCUGCCCCAAAACACCAUAUUGCCGACAUACCUGGUUGAGAAGGCUAAUGAAUACGCCGCACAAGGGAAGACGACAUGCAUAACCGACACAAUCACAGGAGAAUCCUAUGACUUUGGAUCGUUUGACAGAACCACUCAAAGCGUAGCAAGUGCCCUUUACAAGCGGGGAUUCAGAGCUGGGGACAUUGUAAUUUAUCUGACCUAUGACCUUUCUAAAUUGCACAUAUUUUUCACCGGAGUCUGGCGAGCAAACGGCAUCCCAAGAGCCUCUUAUCCUGAAGACGACGAGGCAACUCUUUUACAUCGAGUCAAGGAAUCUCGAGCUGGAUGGAUUUACUGUGAACCUGAGAUGGCAGAAAUAUGUUUAGCAGUUGCAAGUGAAAUUUAUUGGGACGUUGAUGUCAUUGUAAAUGGACAGGCGAAAGGUUGCUUAUCAAUUUUUGAUUUGAUGAAUGACGACGGAUCAGCAAUGCCAAAACUAUGCACAAACCUUAGCGACCCUGCCCUUAUAUUAAGCACGAGUGGGACAACUGGGCCAAGUAAAGGAGCAGUGUUGUCGCAUGAAGCCUUGAUUACGGUCGUAUUGUCCAUGGUGAAUCGACCUUUGGACAAGGAAAACCCGAAUUUGACCAUUACAAAGGGCACGCAUAUUUCGGGCUGCGUCAUUCCAGCCAUCGGGUUUGUCGACGGAGCCCACGUCCUUGUCAUGCACACAAUUAGACCAGAAAAUGUUUUUGAAGCCAUCAAAAAGUACCAGCCUCGACAUAUUUUCGCAUUUCCAGGAAUGCUGUUGGCCCUUGUUAACCACCCCCUAGCUGCACAGUAUGAUUUUUCUUGUUUACAGUGGGCAAGCACUGGCGGCUCCCCAUUGACGCAUGCGAUGGUGAAGAUAAUUUUAUCCCUUCCAAAUAUGAAGAAGGUUUUCAAUAUUAUGGGUACGACCGAGGUGGGACUUGUCCUUAGCACAAUGGAGUUUGACACCGACAAUGCACCACCUGAUUGGGAACUACCUGGACUUCCAGAAAAUUCCGUUGGAAAACUAAUGCGUGGAGUUUCCGCUCAAUUUAGAGAUUUGGAAACCGGAGAACAAAUUCUAGGUCCAAAUGAAACUGGGGAAUUAUACAUUCGAUACAAAGGAAUGUUCUCCAGCUAUUAUAAAAAUCCAGUGGCAACACAGAAUUCUAUGACCUCAGAUGGUUUCUUUAGGACGGGAGAUGUGGGAUUUUAUGACGACGACGAAUUUUUGUACGUGGUGGACAGAGCAAAGGAGAUCUUUAAGUAUUACGGGAAUCACGUCUCACCAACGGAUAUUGAGAAUGUCAUCAACAACCAUCCGGCCGUAGGAGAAGUUUGCGUCGUGGGAGUGGUCGAUCCUGACGGAGGUGGUUACAUUCCACGAGCGUUUUGCGUCAUUCUGGAAGACUUCCAGUGCACUGAGGAGGAAGUGGUCGAGUUUGCAAAUGGUCAAUUGCCGAAUUUUAAACAUGUUCGAGGAGGUGUCUACUUUGUGAAGCAACUUCCGAAAGGGAAAACAGGGAAAGUUUCUCGACAACUCGUGGAGCAAAUAAAAAUAGACUAAUCAUUCACCACUAAUAGGAACCUGUAGUUCAAUUGUCCUACAUUUCCAUCGGUUUGACAACAUUGACACAUGCAGAAACGUAGGACUUAAACUCGUAAACAAUGUACAACGUGUAGAUCCUAUAAAUAUUCAUGGCUUCAAAAAUCCAGUCCACAAUGUCCGACCUGACACUCAUGAUUCCAACAAUGCUGUAAAGCGUGAACAUUACAGUGACGCCCAAACGACACCAAAACCAGGUCUUCAAUGCGGACCCAUCCUUCUGCAAAUACAAUUUAUUUGCCUGGUUAAGUUGGCGGAGAUUGGAAUUGGGAAUUAUCUCAAAUUAGGAAACAACUUACGUGUGAAGCAGCUUUCAACAAAAGUCGACACAUCCAAACCUAAGUUAAGGUCAUGCAAAUAUGGACAUUGUUCCGAACGUAAAAAUUCUAACGUGUUAAAAACAUUGUCUACCUCCAUGCAAAUGUGGGCGAUGGCAAAAAUCACAAAGCAGAGCAACAGAACUAUUAAAAUGUCUAUAAAAAAUG